GGCGGGCGCUUCUCGUGCAGAGAGAUGGCCGAUGAGGUUUGCAGGGCUCAGGCGGCUCAGCCGGGCGGGGACACCAUAUUCGGAAAAAUCAUCCGUAAAGAGAUCCCCGCCAAGAUCAUCUUCGAGGAUGAGAAGUGCCUUGCGUUUCAUGAUAUUUCUCCACAAGCUCCAACUCAUUUCCUAGUGAUCCCCAAGAAGCAUAUUGCUCAGAUAUCUCAAGUGGAAGAUGCCGAUGCAGGUAGCAGCAAUGGCUAAUAACAGAUUUCUGCA